AUGGCUAAUUCUUGUGUAUCUGAAAAGUUACAAUUAUUAGUAUCUAUCGUUCUGUGUAUUUUUGCAUCAGAACAUAGAGCAAACUGCUGCAACAAUACCACUCUUGGACGUUCAGCUUGUAUUCGCAUCUCUCGAUACAACGGCGAACAGUGGUCUACAUGUGUCACGGACUUGUACAUACGGCAGAAAUCCAAGGGUCGUCAUGGCUGCGCAAAAGGUCAACCAAUUUGCAUAUACCAAUGUAUGUUGGAGGAGCACGGCGCCGAUUCUGGAAAAGUUGCCAGCCCUUGUACAUGUUCUACUGGGGAUGGACUGAAGACAGACGCUGGAAAAGGUGUAAAAACUGUAAAACCCACCAUUAUACUGCCUUCGUGGUGUUUCAGCCCAACCGGUGCGGACUGCAGCUGGUUUAGAACGUGUUUAGGAAAACGAUAUUCAUGUAGGCCGAAUUUUAAGGACGAAAUUAUAACAUUUUCCGAACGACUAUGCGACUUGUAUCUAAACCCAUAUUCAGAUUUGUCCAGCGGUGGGAAUAUAUGGAUAAAUGGCGUAAGAAAAUGCUUACAAGUCACUUUGGUGCCUUUGUUAAGGAAAUGGCAUGGAACGAACGGGCGAAACUGCAAAUCUUUAACAAAAUACGCUAUUUCGUCGUACAGACAUUGUUUCUACUCACCUUAUCCAGCGACGAUUCCAACAAUAUGUAAACUACCUUUGACAGACUUGUGGAGAAUUUUCUGGCAUUUACGACAGACGAGUGAAGAGGUACAAUACAGUCUCUUGGCGCUGCUUAAAAUAAUCGAGAACUGUACUGAAUUUCGGAAAGUCAACUUAGAUCAAGGACAAGUAAGAAAACUUGUGUUCUAUGUAAAACGUCAUGAGAAAUUUAGGGAAGUACAAGAGCGAAAGUUUUUAAGCGAAGACCUAGGCAGAAAGAUCGCCAAACAUUUUAAACUGGAUAAAGAAGGCAUUGUGUGGUUUGCGUAUCCUAAAAUAGGCAAAACAUUCAUGAACAACACGAUUAUAAAACUUGUGUUCUAUAUUGCCAAUAAACACGAACAUAGAAUGAGUCAGAAGUUAGAACCCGACCCUGUGGUCAACCUCAACAAAACCGUUUUGACUUUGGUCGAGGCGGUUCGCAGAAACAAACUGCGCUUUCACGGUUCUGGCAGCAAACAAGGCUAUCGUGUCAUCGCGACUACAGUAUGCCAAGAUCUUGAAUGCCGCAGUAAUACAUGGAAGGUUCUUGCUGAUGAAUCGCUCAGCAUGGCAAGAACUGGUGGUAGUCCGGUUAUUGGACCGCCCAUUGCCAUUGGAAUAGUUGUACAGUUCGUCUUGUAUAAUUUAACAGUUUAA